AUGUCUUCGGAACAAACUGUCUCUGUCCUUGGUCUAGGGCUUAUGGGCUCUGCCCUCGCAAAAGCCCUGGUUCAGAAUGGAUGGAAAACUACAGUUUGGAACCGUUCUCCAGAAAAGGCUCAACCUCUUGUUGAACUCGGUGCCUCCGCAUCGACAACUGCUGCAGAUUGCGUCCGGGCGAGCCGUGUUAUUAUUACUUGUGUGAUGGAUCCUGCUGCUCUCCAGGGAAUCCUCAAAACUCUUACACAAGAAGACUGCAAGGGCCGUAUUCUGGUGGACUAUACGUCGGGCGUUCCUUCAGAAAUGCGCAAAUGUGAAGAUCAAGCACUCGCGCUGUCCUUGAAGUAUUUUCACGGCGCCAUCUUAACAAUGCCUUCACUCAUUGGCAUGUCAACUUCAACUCUCCUUCAUAGCGGCGCCGAUGAAAUCACCUUCGAAUCUAUAAAUCCCGUUUUAAAAGCGUUCGGACAAUCGAUCUAUCUUGGACAAGACGCCUCCUGGGCCACUCUGCAGGAGGGUAUUCUGGGCUGCUGCUUCUAUGGCUUUGCGGGGGGAUUUGUCCAAGCCAUGGCACUUCUAAAAUCGUCGAGCUUUUAUGUUCCUGGUGGUGCUCAGACACUCAUGUCUCAAGGAAUUCUGCCCUUGCUUACUGAACAGUUUCCACAUAUCUUUGCAGACUUGGCUAGGCAGAUUGAUGAACAAGCCUAUGAUAGUGAGGGUAAUGGAAUCAGAUUGGAUACACUGAAGAGUUCUCUGGAGCAGCUUAUAAGGGUCAACUCAGAGCAAGGGCUAGUAAGCAAUGCAUUUGAUCCAAUGCUCAGUUUAUUAAAGGCAAGGAUAGCACAGGGCGGAGCGGCCGAGGAGAUGAGCGGGCUUGUAGAAGCCAUAUCGAAUCCCCCAAAACAAACAUAA